UGAAACUGGUCUUACCGCUAAAACUGCAUUCUGUAUAUAAUGUGUGUGUUCUGAUAUCCUAUGCAUAGACUUGUUAAUGUAUCCUUCUGUCUUCGAGAUAGUCCAUUAUAGACUUUACAUGGUUCGUCCAUAUCGGAUGUACCUCUAAGACUUCCUUAAUGCCAUGUCCAUUUUUCUUCAGGCUUUCCGUGGUCCAUAUCUGGCCCUCAUAGACUCGAAGUCAGUUGAAAACACAUACCCAGCUCUGAUAGGCCAGAAAUUUGGUGUAGGAUACUCCUAGUUACCGUGUUUCCUGGACUAAAUGUCUAUAGAGUAAGUCUAUAGUGCAUCUUGGCUGUCAGAAAAGACAGCUAGGUGUCACUGCUGUUCGGUUGUGCUUGUCCAGUUGGAAAUUCGCACGCUAUCUUUAAGAGCAAUGUCAGGAAUAAAUACACCAAUCCUAGCUGGUCCGUGAGUAUCAGCAGAGGCAUUACAAUAGAUUGAAAUGGGCCCCUCCCAUAAGGGAUGAAGAAUUUCAUCUAUAUAUUUCAGGUAAUGGGCUUUUAAUUCUGUUAUUUAAGUCAUGGGUUUUGGCCCUGUUAAUUUAAUAUCAGCAUAUACCUGUGAUCUAUGCCAUGGUGCAGUAAGUGUUGCUUCUGGGAUGUUAAUAGCAUCAAUGUUCCACGCAGUGAAACUGAGCUUAGUUUAGGAGAGAGAGGGAGAGACAGGCAGACAGACAGAAAUAGAUAUUAACAUGAAAGUGAUGGGUACAGGCAGAGGCUUACCCAGAAACAUACAGCUAUAUAGAUAAGAUACACAGACGGAGACACAAACAGAAACAGAGGCUGAAGACAACUAAUGGAAAUACAAAAUUAGACGUAGUGGUGACAUGUGAAUCGCUAGUAAAUCGCAGGCAACACUUCAGUCCGUCGUGUGGCUGGUUUUGUGUAAAAUUACGGUUGGCCGUCUUGUUAUCAGGCCACGAUUUCAACGGUUUCGCAGCACUACUAAUCCAAACCUUGUGUUUAAAACAGACUCACGAGACUACUUUUUGUAAAAGUUUUCAAUAUUUCGGUGACGUCACGUCACAGAUUAACUCCGCCCACUUUGCGACGUCAUAACCUGCAGCCCCCCUGCCCCGCCUCCCUUUCUGUGACGUCACGGUCCGCGGGAUGCAGCCGGAGGGUCGAGGAGCAGCGGCCGACUCGCCUGCCUUCCCGCCACACCUCGGAUCUCUGUGGACUCGCGUCGGAGGAGCAGCAGGAGGCGGCAGCCCGGCGCUCUCCCUUCCCGAGAUGAUGGCUGUGCGGGGCCUGAUGGGCGGGAUGGGCGGCCUCGUGGGCGGCAUGGGCGCGGCGAACCCAUCCCUGGGCCUCCUUCCCGGCUUCCCUCCGCCGUUCCAGCUGACGGCAGGGUUGGUGCCCGACUUCCCGGCGAAGUUCGGGAGUCCGCCGCCCUUCCCGAGCAGUCGGCUGGGCUCCCUCCUCUCCCCUGCCCUCGCGGCGCCGCCUGCUUCCCUUGCCCCCCUGCCGCCGACCCCGGCCACGCCGGAACCAGCCGUGCAAGGAUCUGGGGACCAGAGCAAGGAAAAUCCUGCAAGUGUCCGGCCCCUUAAAUGCAUCAACUGUGAGUACGUGACCACGGACAUGACGACCCUCCUCGACCACCUGGAUUCUCACUACUCCGUCAGGACCUUCCUCUGCGUCCACUGCACCCGGGCCUUCCCUGGCCCCAGGGAGCUCCACGCCCACAAUCAACCUGGCCAAUGCCCCUACAGGGAGACAUAACAGUCAGGUGUGAUGGGGCCCUACUCCAAGAGCCACGACUAAUAACGAGAGAGAAAGCCGUGCUGCGGCAGCUAUCAGCGGAGCACCCCACAAUAGAACGCACCAGGCUGUUGGCAUAUCUUUUGUCAGGCAACUGCGAGGACGCGGCUUAUCUGCAGCAGGUACGGGCACCACCCUAGUCUGUUGGAGGAAUCGACAUAGGAAAAUACUGUCAUAAUUCUUUCGGCAAACACUGAACUUCGUAAAUUUCUUAUAAAACGGGAUUUUUGCCAA